UUCAGCGCCUGCACUCCAUUCAGUCAGGAUCCAGCGUUGUGGGGAAGGCUCUAUAAAUAGACAUUCGGCGUCCUCCCCCAUUCAGAACCAUACACUUGAUUCCUGUAGCUCGAUAAAUUAGAGUACGCCUAUACAGCACUUCCAACAGUCAGUCCUAUACUGCUCCCUAAUGCACACAUGUAUGGAGGGCGAUGCGGUGAAAACGAUACAACUAUUACCGCUCAGUGGCGAAACGAGGACUGGCCUCUAACAAGGAAGGAAAAAAAGCCCCGAGUGAUCAAUAGUUGGCCGUCUGCUGCGAAACUGCUGCAGUGCUUUCCCGAGUAAUACCCAAAAGGGACUGGUGUGGAUUAACAUGUAAAAAGGGCAAAGCCAGAUGUCAGAUGAGCUUUACAGGAAGAGCCAGGGCUGGGGGAUCUGCAAGAGCUGCAGGAGGAUGCUGCGACAAGUCGUGCACUCAGGGCUGAAGGGAUGUUUCUACUGGUUGGGAUUAUUCGUGAGCAGGCAUCCCGUCUUUUUCCUGACAGUCCCCUCCAUCCUGUCCAUCCUGUUCGGGGCGACCUUCCUUAAUAAAUUUCACCGGGAAACUGACUUGGAGUUGCUGGUGGCGCCCAAGCACAGCCUGGCCAAGAUCGAGAGGACCCUGGUGAACAGUCUGUUCUCCAUCAACCAGUCCAAAAACAGCCUGUACUCGGACCUGCAUACGCCUGGCAGAUACGGCAGGGUGGUACUUACCUCCCGUUCGGGGGCUGACAUCCUGGAGAGAGCCGAUCAGAUUUUGCAAAUGCACAAAGCCGUGCUGGAGAUGCGAGUGAACGGCUCGGGCUUCAAUUAUUCUUUCUCUCAUAUCUGUAUGUUGCGGAACAGUGACAAAAGGUGCGUGCUUGACGAUAUCAUCGAAGUGUUAGAGGAUCUUAGUCAAGCCGCACUGUCUAAUAAUACCGCACCGAGGAAGUCACUGCGCUACCCUAAUACUAAAUUAAAGGACGGUAGGGUGACUUUUAUCGGACAUCAGCUUGGAGGAGUGAUCUUCAUCCCCAACAGUAGAGAACACCAGGUUAAAUCAGCCAGUGCAGUACAGAUCACCUACUACCUACAAAGCUACGGGUCUGCCUUACAAGAUGUUGCAGAGAAGUGGGAAGCUGAAUUCUGCCAGCUCAUGCUUAAAUUUCAACAGGAGCACAGUGGUCUGCAGUUAUACCCCCUGACAUCUUCUGGUCUAUGGAAGGACUUCUAUAAGACCAAUACUGUGGCCAGAACUGAAGUGGUGGUGAGUCUAGUGUUGGUUCUGAUUGCUGCCACUCUCACCAGCGCAAUGAGGGACUGCCUCCGCAGCAAACCUUUCCUAGGACUGCUAGGAGUUAUCACUAUCUGCCUUUCCACUGUUACUGCAGCAGGGAUAUUCAUCAGCACUGAUGGCAAAUACAACUCCACUCUACUGGGAAUUCCUUUCUUUGCCAUGGGCCAUGGAACUAAAGGAAUUUUUGAACUGCUGGCUGGAUGGAGGAGAACAAAGGAAGAUCAGCCAUUUAAGGAGCGAAUAGCAUCUGCAUAUUCUGAUGUGAUGGUGUCGUACACAAUGACAAGCUCUCUCUAUAUCAUUACCUUUGGUAUGGGUGCAAGCCCAUUCACAAAUGUUGAAUCUGUUAAAAUCUUCUGUCAGAACAUGUGUGUCACUGUUCUAGUAAACUACUUCUAUAUUAUUUCUUUCUAUGGCUCAUGCUUGGUCUUUGCUGGGCAACUGGAACAGAAUCGCUACCAUAGUAUAUUUUGCUGUCGAAUCCCCUCACCUGAAUACCUAGCUUCCAGGCCUGUCUGGUUUAAAACUAUGAUGAAUGAUGGAUUCCAGCAGUCAGGUUCUCAUGACUGUGAUCCAUAUCAAAAACAUUUCAUUCAACGUUUUUUGAGGGAGCACUACACUGAAUGGAUCAUUAAUACAUAUGUCAAGCCCUUUGUUGUGCUACUGUACUUGAUUUAUGUAUCAUUUUCCUUCAUGGGAUGUUUACAAAUCAGUAAUGGAUCAAAUCUCAUUAAUUUGCUUGCAAGUGACUCACAAAGUGUUUCCUUUACAAUAACCCAGCAAAAAUACUUCAGCAACUACAGCCCAGUCAUAGGUUUUUAUAUUUAUGAGCCAAUAGAAUAUUGGAAUCUAACCAUACAGGAAGACUUGCAUGUAAUCAGCAGGGGCUUCAUCAGAAUAUCAUGGAUUGAGCAUUACUUACAGUAUUUGAAAAAACUCAAUGUUACGGUACUAACCAAAAGUGAAUUUAUCAACAUUCUAGCCAAUUCGUUUCUAAAGCAACCAGAAUUUCAAAAUUAUAUGGAUGAUAUAAUUUUUUCAAAGACAUCAGAAGAAGUAGAUAUCAUCGCUUCCCGUGUGUAUAUGGUGGCUAGAACUGCAGAGAAUAUACAUGAUGAAAUGGUUGAUUUACUGGAAACAUUAAGAAAACACUCCCUGAUUUCUAGGAUAAAGUACAUAGUGUUUAACCCAACCUUUGUUUUCAUGGAUCGAUAUAGCUCCUCCAUCACCUCGCCAAUUCUGAAUUCCAGUGUUAGUGUCUUGAUCAUUCUAAUGUUGACCGUUUUUUUGGUUAUCAAUGCUUUGGGUAAUGUUUGGGUAAUACUUAGUGUAACAUCAAUGGAGUUCGGUGUGGUUGGGUUGAUGACACUAUGGAAAGUAGAUAUGGACAGCAUCUCAAUCUUGUGCCUUAUCUACUCUUUGAACUAUGCCAUAGACCACUGUGCACCUCUGCUUUUUACAUUUGUAUUAGAAAAAGAACGCACCCGGACUGAAUGUAUCAAAAACUCUUUAGAGUGGAAUGGAGCAGCCAUCUUGCAGAGUAAUAUUUGCUUUCUUUUAGGGUUGAUGCCCCUGGUUUUUGUGCCUUCAAAUUUGACCUUGACACUGUUUAAGUGCUUACUUCUGACAGCCACCUGUACACUGCUACACUGUUUUGUUAUAUUACCUGUCUUUCUAACUUUUUUUCCUCCAUCCAAGAAAAGGCACAAGAAAAAAAAGCGCACAGAGAGGAAAGAGGAAAUUGAAUGUGUGGAGGUACGGGACAAUGCAGGAAUGGUUGAUCACGUCACCACCGUUUGAACACCUGAACAAAACAUCACUGGAAAAACCGGUAUCAGAACAGACCCACCAUACAGGUGAUUUGGCUCCCUGGUAAGGUCUGAGCUUUCUUCAAUCCUGACAGCUUGUGCUGGCCAAUAGGACAGAACAAAGGAAGCAUGGGUGAAUUGAGAUGUUCUGUCAUAGGGUUUCAAAAGAAUGCCCUGUUUCACCCAACACUAAGGGUGCAAUGAAAGCAAAAUACUGAAAUUAAUGGUAAAUUGUGAACCACGAUUUGAAGGUUCAAGAAAACAAAAUGACCAUGUACUUUUUCUUAGCACCUUCUUUCUUUUGUAGCUUCCUUCUUUGAUCUAAACUACAGAAGUAAUGGACAAAUUAGGAAGAAUUAAUAGGAAAGAUUAUAUCUUUGCAUGAACAAAUGGGCCGUCAAAAAGAAUGGCUAAAGGCAAAAAAAAUGGCUAGUUACUGAGAAACAUUCACAAUACAAAGCCUUACGGACACACAUUAUUUUUCGUAAAGGUUUCAAGAAGGUUUACUGUGUUUUCUGUAGAAAUAAGACUAAACAAUAAUUUUGGAGAAUGACUUGACAUUGGUUGGCAACAAUAAAAAUUCUCCUCCCUCUUGUAACCAAGCCAAAGGGAAGUUUAAAAUUAUAAGUGCGAGAGGAAAUCAGCCAUUAUUUUAGUACAGAUUUUUAAAAACUGAAAUCAUACUUUCU